AUUUGUUGGGAAAGAAAAAAAAAACAUAAGGUGUGAGGAAUUUGUGGAUAGAUAAAAUAAUGAAACUGUAUUAACCGCUGCUUCUAGCAGCUGAAUGAAAAGUGCAAACUAAUUAAUGGCUACCACUAUCAGAUUCAAACCAUUGCUUCCAUUAACUCCUUUGCCAAAACAAACCAAUUCCUCUCUAACUUCAUGUCUUUCCCUUCCCAUUUCUCGUCCUCGUAGAUAUGUUGCUGUUUCUGUUGCCUUCAACCCCCAAGGGAACUUCGAUGUCUCUUUAUUUGAUGAUGAUGAUGGUAAUGAUGAGUCUAAAGUUUCACCUCCUUUGCCUCCAACCAAAGGCCGAUUUGAUGUUGUAAUUGACAAUGACACUAUUAGUCGUCUUGACUUGUCACCUUUCCAAGCUGCAACAGGCAUGAAAAACCCCUUAUCUGUAAAACCGCACGAAUUUCUUGAGCGUUCAAUUGGCUUUACCAUCAACUAUACUAGACCAGAUCCUCGCGAUCCUCGAGAAUUAUCAGAGUAUCCAGAUAUUAGACUAUGGUUUGUGAGACUUGAUGCUACUUAUCCAUGGUUGCCAGUCUUAUUGGAUUGGAGAGCUGGAGAGCUAGCUCGGUAUGCUGCUAUGUUAGUUCCACAUCAGAUGAAUAUGAAAAUGGGUGUUGUUUUUAAUCCAGAAGCAUUGGAACUGUUUGUUAUGAAUAAAGUGUUUAUUGUGUACUCAUGGUUGAAGCAUCACAACAUUCCUAAGCCUGAAUUAAAGGCAAAUAAUAUGGCAAGAAUGCUUGGUUUUGGAAUUGGAGGUGAACUAUAUGACUUAGUUGAAAAUUAUCCACUUGAAGAGUAAUCAAUCAGCUUGUGACAUCUCAUAAUAUAAGAAUCAGUAUCUAAUGAUCCAAUGUAUGGUGAAAUGUAUCAGCAUUAAGAUAAACUUGACUUGUAAAGGAGCAAUGAGAAUAGCAGAAAAAAUGAAGAUCAUUAAGAAUUGAGGCUAUAAUAGUUGAGUUUUUGAAACUUGAUGAAAGUAAUGUCAUAUUAAGGAUUUGUUUAUUUGAGAUGCAUAACAAGAGUUUCAUAUUUUGUAUUCA